CGCCCCCAAACACCCAGCUAGACUGAAUUCUGGACGGGGAGAUUGAAAGGCCGGGAGGGCCCUUUAAAAAGUGGCAACGGGCGAAGAGUACCUCUGGGAAUGGGCAGAGUGUAUUUCUACGUAGACAGCAAGCUCAGCUGAUCAGUAGCGCGCCAGCGCCAUGGCUUCUGGAGGGGAAGACCUGGAUGACUGGGCAGGCACCAGUCUGGUCGACCUGACCUCAUCUGAACUGGCAGCCACCCAGGCUUCCAUGAUUGACAACGGGGAAGAUUUUGAAGUCCUGGAUAGUGCCGAUGACGGGGAUUUAAGUGGUCUCCCGCCGCUGGAGGAUGUCCCAACCAGCUCUGCCAAAAGAGACGACCAAGAAACCAAAGUGGAACAUCCGACUAAGGAAGAGUCCGAGGAGAGCCAGGAAUGUCUUGAUGUUUUAGGGAAUGGCUUAUUGAAGAAGAAAGUCAUCUUACCAGGCCAAGGUCAGGAGAGCCGGCCAGUCAAGGGCCAGGAUGUGACUAUCCGGUUUAAAGCAACGCUGGAAGAUGGGACGGUGGUAGAGGAGGACCCCAGGCUCACCUUCACUCUGGGGGAUUGCGAUGGCAUCCAGGCCCUGGAUCUCUGUGUGCAGCUGAUGGACAUGGGGGAGACAGCACUCAUCACUUCGGAUGGGAAAUACUGCUUCGGCCCACAGGGGAGGAGUCCCGACAUUCCUCCCAAUGCUUCCUUAACUCUCGAGGUGGAGUUAUUGACAGCCCAGGAUGCCCCUGAUUUGGAACUCCUUAGCGGGAAAGAGAAAGUCUCACUGGCUAAUCGGAAGAGAGAAUGUGGCAAUUUCCACUACCAGCGAGCAAAUUACGUUCUGGCCGCCAACUCCUAUGACAUUGCUCUCAAGGUCAUCAACUCUAAUACUAAAGUGGAUUUCAGUGAGGAAGAAGAGGCAGAGCUGGUGGAAGUGAAGAUAAAAUGCUUGAAUAAUUUAGCAGCGUCCCAUCUUAAGCUGGACCACUUUGAGGCCGCCCUGCGAUCCUGCAAUCAAGUGUUGGAGCAACAGCCAGAUAACAUCAAGGCUCUGUUCCGAAAGGGAAAGGUUUUGGCUCAGCAAGGGGAAUACAGUGGGGCCAUCCCAAUCUUAAAGGCUGCUCUGAAGCUGGAACCAUCAAAUAAGACCAUUCACACUGAGCUCUCAAAACUGGCCAAGAAGCACGCUGACCAAAAGAGCAUCGAGGCAGAGAUGUACCGCAAGAUGCUUGGGAACCCUGGGUCCAGCAGCCCCCCAGCGAAGUGCAAAGAUAAAUCCUCCUGGACAAUUCCAUGGAAGUGGCUGUUCGGUGCCACUGCCGUAGCACUGGGGGGCGUAGCCCUGUCGGUCAUCAUAGCAGCCAGAAACUAAGGCCAACCUGAGGUUGAUGAUUUUUGUGGAAUCAGGCUUGGAGAUUUGGCCCUUCCUUCCUCCCAGCUCCUGCCCCUCUUCCACCACCCGGCCCCUCAAGGACUGGCACACGACUUUGCACCGGUGUCCCCGUCCCGCCCCCCUGGACUGUAGGUUGACUGAGUGGGGUAGGCACAGCAGACGUGGCUCUCCUGCCCGGAAAGACUUCCCAGCCUCCAGAGUUGAUGUGAACAUCAAUGAACCCUUUGCAGUCGAGAUACCCAGGGUGGCAAGAGAGAUCUUUGCACGCUGUCUGGAGCUGCAGAAGUGAGAAGAAACCCAGAGUGCCUGGGUGUAUUUUUCAGGAGAGGGCAGGAAAAUCGGGCCUUGGCUGGAUGCUACCAUUCAACUUCUCUCUCUCUCUCUCUCUCUCUUUCUCUCUCUCUCUUUUUCUCGCUCGUGUGGGUUUUUCUUCUCCCUGCGCUGUAGGUGGCCCCGCAAAGGAUCCGUCAAAAAUGAAGGAAGGAUAUUGCUGGGGUCUACCUGGCAGGGGGAAGAAAGCAAGGACUGAACAAAGUUGCACUGGCUUUAGAACAGACCUGGGAGGAGAAGCUUAGAAACUGUUUAGGCCUGGCCUUAGGACCAGGGGCAAGAGGCCAGGGCUGUGAAGAUGCUCCUUUAGUGCUCAGGAUUGGUUUGGGUGGCGUGAGAGGGAUUUUGGUUUGUUCGACCGCCUUCCACAAAAGCUUCCUUGGAGGACCUCACGGGUUCUCUUCAUUCUGGUUAGGGUAAAAAUCACACCUGGGAUGGCUUUCUUUUAGUCGUCUUCGGGAAGCUAAAUUGGGAGUCAAGGAACCUCUCCAUCUUAGCUCGAAAUCUGCUUUCAAACUUUACUGGUGGCUUUUCCCCCUGACUCUCUCCUUUUUAAGCCACCCAACUUUAAAGUUAGCAGCGCCAGGUGCCACUCAAACCCAGUGCUGCUUCUCUUUGGUACAGUUUUUCACUCUCUACAUUUUAAACUGUGAACAGCUGCGACAUCCUCAUGGUCUAAUAAAGCAACAUCUCUCAGCAGA